GUGCGACUGUGUCUCUUGCCGUUACUGUUACUGUUACUGUUACUGUUAUUGUUACUGUUACGUGUUUCUUUCUUCCCACAACGCGCUUCGUUCCUUCCUUCCUUUGUGUUUCCCACAACAACGAAACAAAGCAACUCUUCUUCUUCUUCAUUCCAUUUUCCAUCUCACUUGAAUUCAACUUCUCAGAGUCUCUUAUUCAACCCAAGCUCUGGUGUCAGCGUCAGUCAGAAUCGAGAAUGGUGUGGGUAUCUGCUCUGAUUCUUGUUGGCUUCAUUCUCGGGGUUGCGGCGGUUCUUGCGGCCCAAGCUCUCGCACUCUUCUUCAUCCUCAAACGACUGCGUUUUAAGGCCGACAGAGACCAAUCCCGAAUCGCUGCUUCCCAACCACCACCCGCUGAGCUCGAUCCUCUCCAGUCUCUCGAUUUCGUCUCCAAGAAGCAGGGUGUUCUAUGGGUUCUAGAAUCAGAAGAAGUUUCGAGAUCAUGGCUGGAUAGACCAUCAAAAGAACAAAAAAGAAAAAGGGAGCUCUUAGAGGUUUCCCCUAUCAAAAUGUAUGGGCAGAUCAAGGGUCAAUCACUUCUUCUAAGAGAGCCUGAUGGUUUGCAGAGAACAAUUGAACUCAAGGGCUGCACAGUUCAGGCUGUGUCAGCUUCAAGCUUUUCUUCAAGAAAAUGGGCAAAAAGGUUCCCCAUCAAAUUGGAAAGUAAGGGCUCUGCAAUAUAUGAUGGAAGCAAAACCCUCUACAUAUAUCUCGAAACUUCAUGGGAGAAAGAGCCUGAUAGUGCUUCCUCAAAGGUUCGUCAACUUUUGAAGAAGUUUUCGAAAAGAACUUCCCGGGUUGGUUUGGAACAUAAAUCAAGUUCAGCUUUAUUGUUAGGCCAUGACGAAAAAAAGUAUAGUGAGAAGCUUCGUGCUGGUCAAGAUGCAGUUUUGGCCACUGGAUUGAUGAAAAAUGCUCCAACAGGAAAGCAUAAGAGUUCCUUGGUAGUAGAUGAUGCUGAUGCUGAGGAGAAGUUUGGCAUUGAUGAGGGAACAUUAUGUUGGAAUCUGUUGAUUUCUCGACUAUUUUUUGAUGUCAAAGGAAACACAGAGUUGAAGAAAUCGAUUCAAUCACGGAUUCAGCAAUUCCGUCAUGGACUUGUGGUCAUAAUGCACUACUUGUUAAUUUCAUUAUGGUUGCUGCUAGAGUGCUAUAUUGGUGAAGUCAUCUGUACUGACAUCAAUACUGGGAAUGUUCCACCUUGUAUAGCUAGAAUGAGGGUUCUUCCUAUGGAACUGAGUGAGGUAUGGGCCUUUGAAGUUGACAUUGAAUAUUCUGGAGGUGUGGUGGUAGAGAUUGAAACAAGGCUUGAAGUUGGUGAACUUGAAACAGAGGACUCAAAUCCAGAGGUAAGUGAUGGAGGAGCUGUCCCAUCAGAUCUUCUUGAAGGUUUUGAAGAUUUAGGAAAACAAUUGAAUCUCGAGGAAAGAAAGAAUGAUUUACAAGAGGAAAAAGAAGAUGAUGAUGAUUGGAACACUGCAGAUGUGUCUAAGAGCUUUAAGAAGAUUUUGUCUUCCUCAACUGGAUCAAGAUGGAAAUCUAUAUUAAAGUCUCUUGCCAAACAGGUCUCACAGGUUCCGCUCUCUUUGGCAAUAAAGGUAGAAUCCCUCAGAGGGACAUUGCGUUUGCAUGUAAAGCCACCUCCCUCUGAUCAACUCUGGUAUGGUUUCACAUCAAUGCCAGAUAUUGAUUUUAGCUUGGAGUCAUCUGUUGGAGAACGUAAGAUAGCUAGUGGGCACAUUGCUUCGUACCUCAUCAAUAGAAUAAAGGCAGGAAUUUGGGAAACUUUAGUACUCCCCAAUUGUGAAUCCAUUUGUAUCCCAUGGAUGUUAGCAGAAAAGAAUGAUUGGGUUCCUCGCACUGUUGCUCCAUUCAUAUGGAUUAACCAAGAAUUUGCGGUUGACAGUUCAAAUGAUAGCAAUAAUCAACCUUCUGGUGGAGUGAAAGCUAAUGCAUGUACUUCGAGUACUGGUUCGGACCUCAAACAACAAAGGCCUAAAAUUCCUAAACCUAGUAAAGAGCCAACCAGCAAAUCAUCAUACUCUGCUCUUCCACAAAGUUCAUCUAGCCAACCAUCCCUGGAAAGCAGCAGAAAGUUGGAAGAAUUGACAACGCCUUUGUUAGAGAAUGAUAAAGCACAAGAAACUAGAGACUUGGAGCCAUUUGGGACACCUUCACAAAAGGACGAAGACCAAACUAGUGAACAUAGGAUGGAGGAUAACUCUCAGAUCAUAUCAGUGGAUAGAAGUUUGGUAGCUGAGAAACGCAAUCAUUCUAUUGAGCAAGAUGAGGGAACGCCAAGGAAAAUGGGGAGAAGGGAAAGGAUGUUUGAUUUGCGGAAGAAGAUGGGUGAGAAGUUCGAAGAGAAAAGGCGUCAUCUUGAAGAGAAAAGCAGGCACAUUGUUGAGAAGAUGCGAGGACCAUGAGAACCAAAGCGUAAAUGGGAAAUGCAGAUAUGUUGUUCAUUCAUGAUCAGUUGUUGAUUAUGAAUGUGAUAGACAAGGACCUUCUAUACGGCAGAACAAACUGGAGGUAUCAGAUAUUGUUUCAUUUUUUAGUUGUACAUUUUAAGUUGCUUAGAAGAUCAAAAUGGGGCUUAUAGGUAUGUUAAUGAUCCUAGCUAAGAAAAUAUUGUCAGUUCAUGAGGAGGUCAAAGAUACAUUGUCUCUUGUAAAUUUGUCACAGCCACAGGUAAACAACACAUUGAGAACUUGUCUAGUUGCUGAGUUUUGCAUUCAUAUCCUCAAAUUUGAGGAAUAGUUCAGUUAUAGCAUUUUAUAUUCUUGAA